GAGAGAUUGCACAUAGCACUAAUGCUCCCGAUACUCCUGAUACUUUGCGUAUUACUGAUACUUCGCAUAGAUUUAAUAAUUUACACACAUUUUUUACUAAUAUCACGGAUAGAGCUCGUAGU